AGGCAGCGGGCGCUGCCCGCAGCCGCGGCGCGCCCCGAAGUGGCUCCGCACGGCGCGUGUCCCCCCGCCCCGCUGCCGCCGAUAAAUCCCACUGCCGGGGGGCAACGCGGCACUUGGCGGCUGCCGCGCUGCGGGGAGGCGGCGGGGCCCUGCCCAGCCCCCCCCCCACGGGGCAGCGACCCCCGCCCAAGGGGGGCAACAGGACCCGCUGCCGCCGGAGCCCAGGAAAACAAUAAACAGGAAGAAACAUGGAAGCUUUUUGCUGCUCUGUUGAAUAUGGGAUUAUAAAAAAAAAAAAAUUGCAUGUGGAGCAUCUCUGUCGCUCUUUCAAAUGAGUGAUUUCUGAACCUGGACCUAUUCACUGCCUGAAGUAGCAACUUCUUCUUUCACUGUGCAUCCUAGAGAGGAAAAUGAAUUUCACAAAUUGCACCACUGAAGCCAAUGUGGCUGCGAAGCCAAAAACAGUAACUGAAAAGAUGCUUGUUACCCUGACCUUGGCCACAAUCACAACCUUGACUAUGCUGCUGAAUUCUGCUGUAAUCGCAGCAAUAUCCACAACCAAGAAGCUCCACCAGCCGGCAAAUUAUUUAAUAUGUUCACUAGCUGUGACUGAUCUCCUUGUUGCUGUUCUCGUCAUGCCCUUGAGCAUCACUUACAUAAUGAUAGAUAAAUGGACUUUGGGAUACUUCAUCUGUGAGAUCUGGCUUAGCGUCGACAUGACCUGUUGCACGUGUUCAAUCCUUCAUCUGUGUGUCAUUGCUCUGGACAGGUACUGGGCAAUCACAGACGCUAUUGAAUAUGCCAGGAAAAGAACAGCGAAAAGGGCCGGGCUGAUGGUAGUCACCGUGUGGACUAUCUCCAUUUUCAUAUCAAUGCCCCCUUUGUUUUGGAGGAAUCACCACAGCGUCAAUAUUCCCAGUGAGUGUCGCAUUCAGCACGAUCAUGUCAUCUACACUAUUUAUUCCACAUUCGGGGCAUUUUAUAUCCCCUUGACUUUGAUCCUGAUCCUGUACUACAGAAUUUACCACGCUGCAAAGAGCCUUUACCAAAAGCGGGGUUCGAGCCGCCACCUCAGCAACAGGAGCACCGACAGCCAAAACUCCUUUGCCAGCUGCAAGCUUACACAGACGUUCUGCGUCUCGGACUUCUCCACAUCCGACCCGACCACAGAGUUCGAUAAAAUCAAUGUGUCUGUGAGGAUCCCUCCUUUCGAGAAUGACCUGGACCUGGCUGGUGACCGGCAGCAGAUCUCCACGACGCGGGAACGAAAGGCUGCUCGCAUUCUGGGGCUGAUUUUAGGUGCUUUCAUUUUGUCCUGGUUGCCCUUUUUCAUUAAGGAGCUGCUUGUGGGCCUCCACAUUUGCACUGUCUCUCCAGAAGUAGCGGACUUCUUGACCUGGCUGGGAUAUGUCAACUCCCUUAUUAACCCUUUGCUGUACACUAGCUUUAACGAAGAUUUCAAGUUGGCCUUUAGAAAGCUCAUCAGGUGUCGAGAACAUACUUAAAAGUACUGGGAGAUGAUAAUGAUGACGUGACUCCUGGCCUUAAGAAUGAGCAAAAUAA